AACAAAUUUUUGUACAAGCAGGAAAACUUUUGCUCUGAGAAGCUAACUGUGAUUAAUGAUAUUUUCCACCUGGAAAAUGCUCAGAUUCUCUGCCAUUGUGGACACAACAUGACAAGAGACUAAUCUAAGAACAAAAUUAAGUCUAUGAUGUCUUAAGAACACAGGAGCGGCCCCUAUCCUGAUCUGGUGCACCUGCUGGCCGAGCAGGAGGACAUGAACGUCAUCGUGAUGGACUGGAACAAGGGGGCGGCAAACCUCAACUACUUCACUGCUGUGACGUACACGAGGGAGGCGGCACACAACCUGACAGGAUUCAUCUUUAUCUCACUGUCAGGAGGAGAGUGGGGACGACGAGCUCUGCGAUAACUUCACCGAUCUCAACCUGUCGCACUGCUUCAUGGGAACCAGCCUGUACGUACGUCUGCUGCUCUACACCCGCUCCAACCUGGACUGCGGCCGCGAGGUCAACCAUCACAACCUCUCCUCACAGCCGCUCUUCAACCUCUCCCGCCCCACCACCUUUGUCAUCCACGGCUACAGGCCCACAGGAGCUCCCCCUAUCUGGAUCGACCACCUGGUGCACCUGCUGGCCGAGCAGGAGGACAUGAACAUCAUCGUGAUGGACUGGAACAAGGGGGCGGCAAACCUCAACUACUUCACUGCUGUGACAUACACGAGGGAGGCGGCAAACAACCUGACAGGAUUCAUCCUGACCAUGGAGGAGGAAGGAGCCUCUCUGAGUUCAGUCCACCUGAUCGGCGUCAGUCUGGGAGCUCACCUUGCAGGAUUUGUGGGUGCAAACCUGCAGGGAAAGAUCGGACGCAUCACAGGUUUGGACCCGGCCGGGCCGAUGUUCACCAGCGCCACAGCAGACGAGCGGCUGGACCCAACGGAUGCCAUGUUUGUGGACGUCCUUCACACUGACAUGAACUCGUUUGGACUGAAUGGAGCUCAUGGUCACAUCGACUUCUACGCCAACGGUGGAGCCGAUCAACCCGGGUGUCCAAAAACCAUCUUUGCAGGUAAAUCAUACUUUGUGUGUGACCACCAGCGCUCAGUGUUUCUGUACCUGUGUGCUCUGAAUGGAACUUGCAGCCUCAGUGCUCAGCCCUGCUCCUCCUACAGCGACUUCCUGGAUGGCAGGUGUUUGACGUGUGAGGCCUUCAAACCUGCGCCCUGUCCUCUGCUUGGUUAUGACCUGAAUCAGUGGAGAGAAACUCUGCUGAGACUCGGACAAACCAAAGUGUUCUUCAGCACCACGGCGACGCUGCCGUACAGGAAGCUGAGCUAUAGAGUGGACAUGGUCACGUGGAACCAGUACCUGCGGUGGAGUGUCAUCUAUAUCAAACUACACAGCGGCAAAAACUUCACUGAGGCUCGAAUUGACCAUAAACUCUUCCGCUUGGAGCAGUACACGUCCACGCGUCUGCUCGCUCAGUUCAACGACGACCUGCAAAGCAUCCAGAAGAUCACGCUGCGCAUCAACACUGGCAACGUCAUCGGCCCUCGCUACAAAAUCAGACUUCUGAGGAUUCGCUUCACGCCACUGGAACGUCCUGAGAGGCCUCUGCUGUGCCGCUUUGACAUCAUGAUGGAGGAGAACAGGGAGGUGACCUUUCGACCUCUGCCCUGCAACUCUCACCUCUGACUCGAGAACAACACAAGCUCCUCCUCUUGUUGGGGGGGGUUGAACACUCCAGGGGAAUCAUGUGACUUUUUUGAGAAGUUACAACAUUUUUGAACAGUUGACAUGACUUUUUGAACAGUCAGUAUUUUCUGAGCACUAAUGAGUUGUUCUUUUUACAUUUACAUGACGUCACGUGACCUUAAGUGCAAUUACAUGACUGAGCAGUCAUGUGACUUUUGUGAGCAGUAACACUGUAGUUUUAGCUGCAUUACAUGUUAGGACAUCAACUGUAUUCUCUGAUUAGUCAAGCGACUUUCCUGAGCAAUUACACAACCUUUCUGAGCAAUAACAGUAUUUUUUGAGUAGUUACUUUAUGCGGCAGCGGCAGAGUCUGGAGACACCUCGUCUCUGUGUCCCACGAUGGGACGACAUGGGUGGGACAGGAGGAGCCUCUGUGUCCUCAGUGGACAUGGAAGACGAUGCGACGUGAAGCUGUGCAGGUUAUUGAAGCACGAGUGAAGUUGAAGACACAUCCACUUACAUUUAUAUUAAAAA